AUGAAUCCCGACAUCUCCAAUCGCCGCAAAGUCCCCAACACCCGAAGCGCAAUCAUGCCAACCAGCCCUGCACAACUACACGGCGCAGCCUUGAUCGCACCAAUAUACCACAUCACCAUCAAAGUCCUACCACCUUCUUCAUCUAGUCACUAUCUCACGCACAUCCGCGCUGUCGACAACCCCGCAGAGAUCGCUCGCACCCGCGAACACCGCUCAUUCAGAACAGCAGCACACGACUGGAAACACGAGCACUUCACAUGGAAUUCUUCCGACAUGGACCGCGGCCUGAACAUCAGACCAAGAAUCAAAUGCGAGCUGGAGUGGGAGAGAGACAAGGAAGAUGAGGAGACGGCGCGGGAUAUACGAAAUCUAGCGGAGCAGAAAGGUGAAAGGGUGCCGGAUAAGCGAGAGGCGCUCGCUAUGGCCUGGCUAGCGAGGACGGGCCAGAUGGCUGUUGGUCGUGCCAUAUACGAACCCGAUUUCGGGGUCAGGGAUGAGAAGGAGUUCUUGAUCAUCAGCAGGAGAGCCGGAGAGUCCGUGGAGGCGAGCUUAUAUGUGGAUGGGAAGGGAGAGAAUAAAUUCAUCGCGAAGGCUGUCGGCGAGAAUCAUUUCGACGCUGUCAUGGUGCUGGAGAAUGAUUUGGUUGAGCAUCAUAGGCGGAAGAUGCGGAGGUAG